GAGCCAAACAUUGCGAGAAGCGCAGGCGGACUCAACGUUUCGCGCCUCCUUUGCGCUUUUGUACAGCGUAGUUCCGUGUUUGCGUAGCCGUGUUGCUGUGCCUUCGUAUGCACCACACGUGAAACUGACGGCAACCAACUCUUCCGGAUGCCAUACGCGAAGCGAGACGUGGGGCGAAGGGAAGUCUAGCUUUGAAGAAUCAGCUGGGCUGAUGUCAACCCAACGCAAUGGUCCCGGCUCUGUGAGCCUCCCUCGGUUGCGGGGUCCAGCCAUGAGUGGCGGCGACAGCGGCCAGACGGUCCGGGACCGUCGCCUCGUGCUGGACGUGGACUGCGGCGUGGACGACGCGCUCGCGCUGGUGCUGGCCCUGAGUCUGCACUCGUCCGUCGAAGCCGUCACCUGCGUCGCCGGAAACACCACCGUGCAAAACGUGGUGAAGAACGUGCGCAGGGUGCUCGCCGUGUGCGGUAGAAAAGACGUUCCGGUGUACCGCGGUUGCGAGCAGCCAUUGAGCCAGCCACUGAACUUUGCCGACCAGUACCACGGCUGCGACGGCCUCGGAGACGUCCAGGACCAGUUUCCAUGUACUGACGACGACGAAGACGACGAUGACGGCAGCGUGGAUGGAAGGCCCAUGCACGCCGCCGAAAAGCUCAUCGAGAUGGCACGGCGCGACCCGGGUCAGAUCACACUGCUGCUGCUGGGACCUCUCACGAACGCAGCUCUGGCACUGAUGCUGGACCCUCGGUUCGGGGACAACCUCAAGGAGAUAUUUAUCCUCGGGGGAAAUGUGGAAGGUCGCGGAAACGUCCUUCCAGGGGCAGAGUUCAACUUGAAGACCGACCCGGAGGCAGCCAACGUAGUGCUCACGAGGGCCCAGUGCCCCAUCACCAUCGUGCCGUGGGAGGCGGUGGUCAAGUCGCCGAUACCGUGGGAGGUCUACUCCAUGAUGACGCGACAGGACACGGCCAAAUCUCGCUUUGUGAGCGCCAUCACGCGCUUCACCCUCCGGUACUACGACGACGUCGCCUCCGGAGGCUACGAGGUGGGUGACGCCCUGGUCGUGGCCGCGGUGCUGGCGCCGGACUCCGUCGCCUCGGCGUUGGAACACCGCCGCGUGGCCGUCGAGCUUGGCGGAGUGCACACCAGGGGCCAGCUGGUGCACGCGUGGACGCCGGACUUGCUGCCUGACGUGAAGCGAACCGUGCGUGUGGUGACGACCUUCAACAAGGAGCGCGUCUCCGAACUGCUCAUGCGAAUGGUCGUCUGACCCCCGCCGCUUUCCUAUAUAUGUGCUGCGCAGACUUCGUUCUGUGCGAAGUUGUUUAAGCGGACCCUGUGCCGUCGUUGUCGGAGCUAAAACUAUCAUCAUCA